AUGUUAAAAGGAACAUCUGGCGAUGAAUGGGGACAUAUUGCCAAGAAACUUAUGAAAAGACUAUCAAAUAUCAAAAUCCCUAAAACAGCUGGAACACCAUCCAGAAAACGUCGCAUGACCAGUGAGCAGUUUCUCUCGGAUGAUUUUGAAGGAUACUCAACAGGAUCAAGCCAAGCAUCCACCAUCAUUAUUGAAAGGUCUCCUGCUGCAAGCAGCACCCCUCAGCCUAAUUUGGACACCAGUGAGGAGGAUGCAGUGGGUUCUGCUGAUCAACUGGACACACCAAAGAGCCAAGCAAGACACUAUAAGGCCCUGCAAAACAUGUACAAGGCCAAAAAACCAAACAAAGCAGCGGUGACUCAUUUGCUGAAUUUGGAAUUUGAAUCCAGAAGACGUUUCAUCACAUCUGAAGUUCUGAAGGAGCAAGACAGAGCAGCUAAAGUUAUUGAGGCUUAUCCGUGUUUCAAGGAGUUGGAUCAUGUACUGGAUGAGAUGCAGAGGAUAAUCCAACCAAAAAACUCAAACUACAUCGCAGAGACUUUAAGCAGAUGGGAAAACUUUUUCUCAAAAGUUAAGUUCUAUGGGGUUAUGAAAAAGGCCAUGAAGCCCCCAAAGACUCUGAAUAUUGAGGACCAUGCUCUGGCAGUCUUUGCUGCGCUUCCGGACCUUUUUCCAUCAGGUGCGCCACCACCCAAAAAGUUGGGAGCCUGCAGUGAAGCCUUUUUCCAUGUUCUCAAGGCAGCAGAGGACCCUGAACGUUAUCUUCAACAACGGACACUGUUCUCGCCUGUUCUGCUCAUGGGCAUGGAUAACUGCAUGAUUGCAAUCGACAACACGCCAGUGACCACCUUUCCAAGUGCAAAGCUAAAUGAAGGACUUGUGUACCUGUUGGCUUAUUAUUACACCUUGCACCUCACUUAUCCAAAGUGCAUUUCCACACUGCUCUCAGUUCUUCAAACUGAAGUUCUUGAAGAUUCCAUCCAUGACAGAGAUGCCACAUCUUCAUACAAACGAGCCAUGGUAGAGUGGAAAUCAUUUACUGAUUGCUUUCUAAUGCCUGGAGAAAUAGCACGGUCCCAGAGAGCGAGAGUCUGGCCCCAGAGGCUGCAGACGAUCGACAACACUCUCUCACAAAUGGACACGAGUCUGGCAGAGCGGCUCCUGGGGGCCCACGACCAACAAGACAUAGAGUUGUUUAAUACAGAGCCCAGUGCUGGUCCCUGA